AUGCCCGCAGUGUGCGAGCGAACGCGCGGGCACCGGGAGCCCCGCCGCAGUGCCACGGCUCUGGCCCCCGGCCACGCCAGGGAGGAAGGAAAAAUGCCAGCUUCUCUGAGAAAGCUGCAGCAAAUGGCUGUUUUCAUGGGACUGUUCAGCGGCGGGGGAUGCAUCGUGAUGUACAAUCUUAUGCAAAAAAGUUUUGCCAGGACCCAGUAUUACCAGCAAGCUUUGGAGCAACUGAAGAGCAAUCCUGAUGCCCUGGCAGCCCUGGGUGCCCCCCCUCUUAAGGUUCACAACAUCCACCUGACAGAUGGGAGCAAUCGCGUGGACACGGAAAGAGCGCGGAUAAAGUUACCAGUUUCUGGAACAAAAUCAGCAGGCUGCCUCUACAUUAACGCAGAGAUGGACCACUCCCAUCAGUGCUGGUGCCUUCAGGAUGUCACCUUGAAACUGCGGGAUGGUCAGAAUAUUCCCGUUUACCACUCUCCAGUGGAAAGCAUUGGUGUGCAAGAAGGCUAAAAAUCAGGGACAGCUGCAUCUCCGCCUCCCAUUGAGCCAAAGGAGCCAUUAAUCGAUUGCAUCCUGCUGUGUCUCUGUGAAUGUACACAGUUGUCACAAGUGCCAGUUUCACCUAAAGCGGUGCUCUCAAGACAAUUUUCUCUCCAAGAUUUACCUCAUUACUGUUGUAAUUGCAAUUUCUUUCUUUUGCUGGUUUAUUCAUGUGUUUAACAGAAGCCUAAAAUAAAUAUCUUGCAUAAGA